UUGCUCUUGCUCUUGCUCUUGCUCUUGUUCUUGUUCUUGUUCUUGCUCUUGUGCUUGUGCUUGUGCUUGUGCUUUUGCUUGUUCUUGUUCUUGUUCUUUGUAAGAAGAUAUGCAUGAUUGGGCUGCACCGUUGAUAGCUUCGGCUCUGUUCGCGUUUCUGCAGCCAGGAUUGAUACUGCAGUUCCCGGGGAAAGAAUCUCCGGUGGGUUGCAUGAACAUGAAGACGACGAUAGCUUCUAUUUUCGUUCACACUGUUCUAUACGGUCUUUUCCUCAUCCUCUUUCUCGUCGUUCUCAACAUCCAUGUCUACGCAUAGAUCAUUUAAUUAAUUAUUACACUCAUGUAUGUGCUCUGUUUGUGCCGGUGGGUUUAGUAAAGCUUUGUUUUAGGACU